ACAGCUAGAACUGUCAAACAGCAGCGCUUCUCUCUGCUUGCACUCUGCUGCUGCAAAGUUUACCUUUCCGAACCAAUCAGUGUGCUCGUUCUCUGUUUCCGGCAUCUUGUGCUAUCGUUCAUACCGCAUUUGUUCUUGCUGCUUUGCGAAAAGUGGUGAAUAGAAAUCUCGAUUGCAAACAUGCCAGAAUUGACUGAAAUCACGGAAAGCACUGCUGCGGCCGCGGCCACCUCUGCUGCCCCGAGCACCUCCGCAGACAACACAGAAGCCAAGCUGGAGGAUGCCCCAAGUGACACCGAAUCCGAGGACACAAUCCCAGAGCUGGAAGAUGCAGGUACCGCUGCCCAGCUGUCGUCCGGUGGCAUGCCCGAUCUGGUCUCCAAGGCCAAGCAGUCCCGUGGCGAGAAGAAGGCCCGCAAGAUCAUGUCCAAGCUCGGCCUGAAGCCAGUGCAGGGCGUCAACCGAGUGACGAUCCGGAAAUCGAAGAACAUCCUGUUCGUGAUAAACAACCCGGACGUGUACAAGAACCCCCACAGCGACACCUACAUCAUCUUCGGUGAGGCCAAGAUCGAGGAUCUGUCCCAGCAGGCCCAGGUGGCCGCUGCCGAGAAAUUCAAGGCCCCGGAAGCUACCCCCGCCGCCGGAGAGUCGUCCGGUGCCACCACCUCCGUUGCCCCCAUCGCCGAAGAGGACGAAGAAGAAGUGGACGACACCGGCCUCAACGAGAAGGACAUCGAGCUGGUCAUGCAGAACGCCAACGUACCCCGCGCCAAGGCCAUUCGGGCACUGAAGGAGAACAAUUACGACGUCGUAAAUGCGAUCAUGGAACUGACGAUGUAAGAAGCAACGGAUAUCAUCCAUGGUCCGUGGUUCUCACUUUACCCCCUCUUCUCCGCCUGCUCCCCGUUUUUUCAUUAAAAAAUACCUACUAGUAGUAUAAAGAACAAUAUAAUCGUACAGUUAGACACUGAAACAAAAACAAAUUGGUAAAAGCUCGUUUGUUCUGAACACUGCGCUUCGAAAGUUCACGGACGGUUUCUUUGCGACUUAACAAAAGACUCGGCGGCUGACUCAAGCAGACAAAAAGUGCAUGUGCCACUUUCUGGACGGUGUUUCUAUUGCUUUUUUCUACUACUACUAUGUACUGUAAUUUGCUAUUAUGCUACCGCAACAUACACACACAAACACACAUGCAUACCGAUACUAAGUCUAGAAAUUAUCAAAAAUACACAAAAAAAAUCGAAAAAAAUCAAUAAAAUGCUAAAAAUUGGAA